AUGGCAUCAGCACCGUCAUCACAGAAACCGUCCGCAAAAUGGGGCCAAGAAACCUCCCACGUGCUGCGCACCCAAAAAAUUUCAUCACCAUUCUCCUACGCCCAUCUGGAACUCAUUACAGACGGACCGCAAGAAAUACACCUUGACAAUCUCCUCGUCAAAUCAUACUGCACUGCCGCUCUGAAACAAUUUCUAGGACUCACAGGCCAAGCAGUUCCAAUUGAUAUACUCAAGGCCGAAAACAGAGCGUGCUGGGUACGACUUCCCAAAGAAGAUCUCAAAUCCUUCUCAGCUGCCAUCACGGCAUACAAUGGCGUGAGUGAAGGGGAUACGAGAUAUAUCUUACGAAUGAAGAGGUGCUCAGACUGGUUGGGGCUGCUUACUGAUACGGAGGACGAACCAUGA